UAUAUGAGUAUGGCGACGUGGUUUGACGCUUAAGGCGGGAGCGGGGGGAGCAUAGACGGGAUGGGUUUCUGUAGAUGGUUAACAUGUGAAACAGUAAAAACUGUGUGUAAACAAUUACCCUGUUAUUCAUAUGGUCCAUGUUUGAUGGCUUAACGACAAACAUGCAGAAAGGUUCAGCAAACUUGCAACAUUCUUCGCGGAAUUCACUCAACUUUGACCAACAGUAACGCUCAUAAGUUGCCGCGGAACAGUCUCACAAUGCGUGAACUUUUACAGAGUAAUGCUGGUGAUGCCGGCCUGUCCACCGGUGCUGCUAUCGGCAUUGCGCUUGGCGUCCUCGGCGGAGUCUUAGUUAUCACUGCGGUGCUGGUCUACUUCUACAAGCGCUAUGGACUGCCUUGCUUUAAGGAGCUGCAGGGCAUCCCGCCCGAACGCAAGCAGCUGGUGUUCACGGACCUGGGCCGCAUCCCGGACAGCAGCGCCGCCGCAGCCGGCAGGGGCCGGCCAGGCACAGGCGCCACCGGCGCCGCCGGCAGACCGGUCAGCGCGGGCCCGGGCGCCGGGGCGGGCGGCGCGGGUGCCGUGGUGGUGGCGGUGUCGGCGGGGCAAGGCGGGAGCGGCGGCGCGGCCACGGGCGGGGGGGCGUCCAGCGGCCCCGUGAGCCCCUCCGGCGGUGGCGGCAGCGGGAGACCGUUCAGUGCCGGCGGCAACAGGCCGGCCUCAGCGCGCCCCGCCAGCGCCGCCAACUACGCGGCGGGCAACCGCACUGCCGCCGCCACUUCAGCCAUGAUGGCCAUGGCGGCGGCCGCAGGCACAGGCGCCGCCGCCUCCCCCCGCGGCCGCCCCGCCAGCGCCAAAGCCGCCGCCGCCGCGGCCGCGGCCGCUGCCUCCGCGGCCGCCAUAGCCGUGGCAACGGCGGCGGCGCCACCCGCCACCGCCAUGACUGGCACCGCCGCCGCGGCCGGCGGGUCUGUGGGCUCGCAGCCGCCGCCGUCGCCAGCGCGGCCGCCUGCGCUGCCGGCGCUGUCUAUGGGGGCUGAGCAGGAGCCGCUGCCGACCACGCCCGGCUCCAUUUCCAGCCCGCGCGGGGCCGGCCGGGCCUUCGCAAGCACUCUGGAGCCGUCGCCGCUGCGCGUCAGCGCCACCGGCCUGUCGGCGGCAGGCGGCGGCGGCGGCGGCGGUGCGGGUCCGGGCGGCUCGUUGGCGGCUGAGAGCACCGGGCUAGGGGCGGCGGGCGCGAGCGUCGGAAGCAGCAGGCCGGGCUCGGCGUCGGGGCGGCCAGGGGCAGGCGGGGGUGGGGGCGGAGGCGGGGGCGUGUCUGCGGCGCCGCAGCUUCUGGGUCCGGUGGGCGGCGGCGGCGGCGGCAGUGGCCGGCCCAGCACCGACCGACAUAGCGGGUCCAUGGCGUGUGUGGCGGCGGCGGCAGGGGUGGGAUCAGGAGCCGCAGGCAUGCCGGUGGGGCCGCGGCAGUCGGCGGCGGUUGUGGGCGGGCUGGUGGGCGCUGGCGGCGGCAUCGGCCGAGGCGUCGGCGGCGGCGCCGCCGCGGCGGCGGCGCCCGGGCCGAGCGCCAGCAGUGCGCUGCCGCCUGCGCUGGUGGCGACGGGCAGUGUGACGACGGCGUGGGGUCGCGGGCAGGCCCCGGCCGCCGGCACCGGUGUGGCGGGUCAGCAGCAGCAGCCGGCGGUGGGGCGCAUGCUCAACUCAGAGGUGCUGCCCGUGUCGCCGCUGGAGGUCUUUGACACUGCCGCCCCCAGCCCGGUGCGGGCCAGUGGCGGCAGUGGCACGUCAGCAGCAGGCACAGCAGGCGCAGCGGCCUGGGGCACCGACGGCCGGCUCUCCGCUUCCUCCACCUCCGCCGCCGCCGGCGGCGGCGGGGCCGGGCCUGGGGGCGCCACCGGCCGCCCGCCGCUGGCUGGGAGAGGCGCCGGCGCCGCCGCCAGCGGCAGCGGCGCGCCGGGCUCGCCCGCCCUGACCGCCGCCGCCACGGCAGCGGCCGGCUACAGCCCCUCCCGGGGCCCCGCCGCGCGCUCCCGGCCGGGCAGCGGCGGCGGACCCGGCGGCGACGGCGCCGCAGGUGCCGCCGGGGGCAGGGGCCCGGGCGCGGCGCGGUCGAGGCCGGGCAGUGGCAACGAUGGCGGCGGCGAGCCCCGGGGCAGCGCUGGCGCCCGGACGUCGGCGGCGGGCGGUGGGAUUGUGGCGCGCAAGAGCUCAGUGGGAGUGGCAGAUGAGGCCGGCUCGGUGGCGGGCAGCGGCGCCAGCAGCCAGUUCCACUCCUUCUCACACGCCGGAGACGACGUGGCGGCGCAGGCGGCAGCGGCAGCAGCGGCAGCAGCAGCAGCCGCGGCAGCUGGGCCGGGGCUGCUGGGGUCGGAGCGGGUGUCUGCCUCGUCAGCAACUGCAGCGCCCGACGGAGGCGGCAAUGGGGGCGGUGGCGGCUACGCCUCGCAGCGCUCGCGACUCAGCGCCAUCACCAUACCGCAGGGGCCAAACGUGGGCUCUGCGGGUGUGGCGGGCACGGUGAUGCUCAGCACAGGCCCCGCGCACGAGGCGGCGGCGGAGGGGGCGGCGCGGGGGGCAGCAGCAGGAGGCAGUGGCGGAGGCGGGGGCGGUGCUGGCGCAGGUGGAGGUGCGGGCGGCGGUGCGGGUGGAGGUGCAGGCGGCGGGGGCAUGUCCCCGCACUCGUCGCCCACGCAGGUGGCCUGGGCGGCGGCGGUGUCACUGGGCAGCCGGCUGUUCGGGCGCUCCGGCCGCUCGCCGUCGGGGGCACAGCACGGGCAGGGCCCCAGCCUGGGAGGCGGCCAGGGGCAGGGGCCGCUGUGGGGGCCGGGCGGCAGCACGGAAUGAAGGAGGCUGUGGGGUUGUGGUUGGCAGGAGCACGCAGGAGCGUGUGAGUGUGUGUUGAUGCGGCUGGUACGACGGACGGCUUGAAGAAGCAGGCUGUAGGCCCAGGGGCGCGUGCUUUGGCCGGUAGAUCAACUGGGUCGGGGUGUGCGAACCGCAGUGCCCACUCGCGCAUGCGGCACACAGCAGUAGAGCCCUUCGGACAGUCAUGCACCGAGUCAAUGGGGCCUGCGAGGGGUGGGGGGCCCGCACGAACCCGGCUGGGCGCGUGCUAUAUAGUUUCGACCUAUCAAUGGCGCUAGCGCGCUGUGUGAUGCCGCUGUGCUGUGCGGCGGCCCCGCUGGCCGCCUGUGUAAGCGCUGGAUGCCAUACUGAUGGCUUGGUCGUGUGGCUUGGUCGGUAGGAAGACAUGGAAAAUGAGGAGGCUAGCAGCCCUUGCGUGCUUGGAUGUUGUCGGGGCAAGCACGGUCUGCUGGAUGGCGUCAGGGUGAGCUGAAAUUACAAUAGGCUCCGCCGGUCCAACUCAGGGUUCGUGCCAGGAAUGAGGGAUGCACAUACUCGCCGCACACAAAAUGCAAUCGAGCGUGCUCGCCAUGGAGACACAUGCAACUGCAAUUUCUCUUGCUCUUUGGAAGUAAAGGCAAAAAGCUGCACAUGCACAUCCAUCGUUUGCUCCUUCUGUCAUGGCUUCAACGGAC